AUGUAUGAUGCAGAUCAAGGAUCAGAGGAUCAGAGGAUGCGGUCUGCCCGUGGGCGCCUCCACCCCAGCCGCCACCCCCACACACUGCCGCACCUGCAUCGGCUGCUGCUGCUGCUGCUCAUGCCAGUACUGAUGUUCGGGAUGUCGCUUGUGGCUGCAGCACAGCCCCUCGAGCGUCCACACAUCGUAUUCAUCCUCGCCGACGACUUGGGCUGGAAUGACGUCGGCUUCCAUGGGUCUGACGAGAUUCCGACACCCAACAUCGACGCUCUGGCGUACCACGGGGUGAUCCUCAACAGGCACUACGUGCAACCUCUGUGCACGCCGUCCAGGGCCGCUCUCCUCACCGGAAAGUACCCCGUGCACAACGGCAUGCAGCACCUGGUGAUCCUGGAGCCCGAACCGUGGGGCCUUCCUCUGCACGAGACGCUGCUGCCACAGCGCCUGCGCGGUCUCGGCUACGCGACGCACGCCGUCGGCAAGUGGCACCUGGGCUUCUACAGGAGGGAGUACACGCCCACCUACCGCGGCUUCGACGCCCACUUCGGCUUCUGGAAUGGUUUUCAGGACUACUACGAUCACACUGUACAGGCCUCCUUCUCGCCGUUCCGAGGCUACGACAUGCGCCGCGGGCUGGAGGUGGACUACGACAGCGCGGGCCGCUACUCGACCGACGCCUUCAGCGAGGAGGCUGAGCGCGUCAUAGCGCGGCACGACGCCUCGCGGCCGCUCUUCCUCUACCUGUCGCACCUGGCGCCGCACGCCGGCAACCCGGCGCAGCCGCUGCAGCCGCCUCCGGCGCCGCUGCCGGACCUCCGCCACAUUGGCGACCCCGCCAGGAGGGCCUACGCAGCGAUGGUGUGGCGACUGGACGAGUCCGUGGGCCGCGUGGUGUCCGCCCUGGAGAGGCGCGGCCUGCUGGAGAACUCGCUGCUGGUGUUCGCCUCGGACAACGGGGCAGCCACAAGCGGCGUGCACGCCAAUCACGGCUCCAACUGGCCCCUCAGGGGGAUGAAGGGCACACCCUGGGAGGGUGGCGUGCGCGGCGUCGCCGCAGUCUGGAGUCCGAGGUUGAAGCCCCGGGUGUCCCGGCAACUGAUGCACAUCACGGACUGGAUGCCCACUCUGUACUCGGCCGCCGGGGGUGACGUGCGGUCUCUGGGCCGCCUGGACGGAGUGGACAUGUGGCCAUCGCUACUACGUGGUGGCACCAGCUCCCCGCGUCGUCACGUGCUCAUCAACAUCGACGACCGCGAGGGCUACGCCGCUCUGCGCGUCGGAAAUUUAAAAUAUGUUAACGGCUCGGCGUUUCUGGGGUUCCUGGACGGCUGGGAGGGGUCGCCGGGUCGCCGCGGCCACUACAACGUCACCAGCGUCCACCUCAGUCCCGCGUGGCGGGCGCUGUCUCGCUACACCAAGGUGACGGAGGAGACUGUGGCUGCCGCUCGCAGCGCCGCCCUGGUGGAGUGCCCUGGUGACGACGGAGAGGCAGUCGAGUGCGACCCGCUGGUGGAGCCGUGCCUGUUCGACGUGGAGGCGGACCCCUGCGAGCGGCGGAACCUGUACAGGGGGCCGGACGGCCGCUUCGGUCCCCGCUUCGAGGAGGUGCUGGACCUCUACAGGCGGACGGCCCGGCAGCCGCUGAACGUCGACGCCGACGAUAAUGCGGACCCUGCGCGCUGGAACAACACGUGGACCACCUGGGGGGACUUCGUCCACUGAGCGACCAUAUCGCCUGGGUCCCCUUCAGCUCUGUUGGGGU